GCCAUCGUUAUCGCCAUUAUCAUUACUAUCUUCAAUCAUGUCUCUCGCAAACAAAGCCAUGAACUUCGUAGAUCUGAUGGGUCGCGCCACCGCGCCCACCAAUGCAUCCACCAAUUCCACCAACCGGGCUCCUCCUCAAGGAGGCAUUCUGGACGGUGCCAAUCCAGUCACGUACAGCCCCAAAGACCCCAUCAUCCUAUUCAUCGUCCAGGUAUAUCCGCCAGUUACACCCACCCUAGCCACCGCAGUCCGAAGCUCACCAUUCGCAGGCCAGUAUCAUCGUCAUCUUCUGCCGCCUGCUCGAAUGGCCCCUCUCCAAAAUCCGCCAGCCGCGUGUCAUCGCCGAAGUCAUCGGCGGUAUCCUUCUCGGGCCCUCGGUCAUGGGCCGGAUCCCAGGCUUCACCGAGUCCAUAUUCCCCACCGUCGCCAUGGAUAACCUUAAUCUGGUAGCCAACCUGGGGCUGGUCCUCUACCUGUUCUUUGUCGGUGUCGAGGUCGAUUUGCGUUUCCUCGUGUCAAACUGGAAGGUUGCGCUGAGCGUCGGUCUGGUCGGUAUGAUUCUGCCGUUUGGGCUGGGCAGUGCUAUUGCCUGGGGACUGUAUCAUGAGUUUGGCGACGAGCCAGGGUUAGUGCCCAUCAGCUUCGGCGUGUUCAUGCUGUUCGUCGGAGUGGCCAUGGCCAUCACCGCUUUCCCGGUCUUGUGCAGAAUCCUCACUGAGUUGAAACUGCUGUCCACCACGGUCGGUGUCAUCGUCCUGUCCGCGGGUGUGGGAAACGACGUCGUGGGCUGGAUCCUCCUCGCGCUGUGCGUCGCCCUGGUCAACGCCGGGAGCGGGCUGACGGCCCUGUGGGUCCUCCUCAUCUGCGUCGGUUACACCCUCUUCCUCGUGUUUGCGGUUCGCCCACCGUUUAUCUGGGUCCUACGUCGGACCCGAAGCCUCCAAGACGGGCCCAGCCAGAGUGUUGUGGCGCUCACGCUGUUGAUCGCCUUGGCCUCGGCCUUCUUCACCGGCGUGAUCGGGGUGCACCCUAUUUUCGGCGCGUUCAUGGCCGGCUUGAUUUGCCCGCACGAAGGUGGGUUUGCCAUCAAGUUGACGGAGAAACUGGAAGAUCUGAUCGGCUCGAUCUUCUUGCCGCUCUAUUUUGCCUUGUCAGGCCUGAAUACGAACUUGGGACUACUGAAUACGGGCCUUACGUGGGGAUAUGUCAUUGGCAUUAUUGUCAUUGCGUUCACUACCAAAUUCGCCGGCGCCUCGGUUGCGGCGCGGCUGAAUGGGCUGGUAUGGAGGGAGAGUUUCACCAUCGGGGCACUGAUGAGUUGUAAGGGUCUGGUGGAACUGAUUGUGUUGAACAUCGGCCUGCAAGCCAAGAUUCUCAGCACGCGCACGUUUACCAUGUUCGUGGUCAUGGCCCUGAUCACCACGUUGGUGACGACGCCACUGACGUCCGCAUUGUAUCCGCCAUGGUACCAACAGAAGCUGGAGAAGUGGAAGCGAGGUGAGAUCGAUUGGGACACGGGCAAGCCCUUGAACGACUCGACUUCAGGAUCCGGCGAAGAACAGAUGGCAGAAGAGAAGAUGGAACUCACCCGAGUCCGAAAGAUGCUCGUUUACCUACGUCUCGACAACAUGCCCGCGCUUCUCAUGUUCAUGACCCUGAUCGGUGGCAAGCCUCAAGACGCAGCACCGCGAUCGCAUCCGAGCGAGCGACAGCCGACGGACGAGGGUGAGGAGAUCAUCGCUCCAGUCGCGCCUGUUCAAGCCCACGGUAUCCGCCUCAUCGAACUCACCGAGCGUGACUCCUCGGUCAUGAGAGUCACGGAAGUGGAAGAAUUCAGUAUCCACGAUCCGGUGAUCAACACGUUCCGCACUUUCGGGAAAAUGCAUAACCUCGCCGUGUCCGGCGAAACCAGCAUUAUUCCCUCCACAUCCUUCGCCGAAGCGCUAGUUUCCCGUGCGUCCAGUAUGUCAUCGGACCUGGUGCUCCUGCCCUGGAGCGAAACCGGCAGCAUGUCGGAGGCCCAGGAUAUCCGCGACGAGACCAUCAGGAAUAAGUUGGAUGAUACCAGCUACGUCCAAUUCGUCACGGAGGCAUUCGCGGACGCGACCUGCAACAUGGCCGUGUUCGUCAACCGCAAUUUCGGUGGCACGGUGAAGCGGCAGCGGCCGCAACUCUCCCGAUCCAAGUCCGCCUUGAGCGUAUCGAGCGGCAAAGAUGCCACCCCUUCCGCACCCAUCACGGACGCGUCCCACCACGUGUUCGUCCCCUUCUUCGGCGGUUCCGAUGACCGCAUCGCCGUCCGUCUCGUCCUCCAGCUCGCCGCGAACCCGGAAAUCACGGCGACGAUCGUGCACUUCGACGUGCCCGACAACUACUUCGACGAUCCCCUGGGCGUGGGACCGGACCUGGGGUCGAAGGCGACGGACUCCCGGGUGAUCACCUACAUCCCCAGCAAGUCCGAGGACACGACGUUCUUCGCCGCCAUCAAGAACACCCUGACGGACGACCUCGCGCCACGGGUGCGGUUCAAGACGGUGUCGACGCUGACGCCGCGCGCGACGGCAAUCGAGACGAUGCAGGAGGAGUUGGGUCAGAACGUGCGGAACGCCGGGGAUCUGCUGGUGGUGGGCAGGAAUGUCGGGAUGAGUGCCGCGUUGGGCAGGGAGGGGUUGGACCCCAAGGAGAGCACGGGAGGGGUGCAGACGGAUGCGAAUCGAUGUAUUGGGGUGCUGGCUGAGGAGGUAGUCAGGAGUGGGUUGUUGGCGAGCGUAUUGGUCGUUCAGGCCAGAGGGAGUGGCUUGGAGUUGUGAUGAAUGGCAACUGAGGGGCGACUACAACUCGCAUACAUGGGCGGAGAUGGUGCGUUUCUCGGGAUUCUAUGUCUGGCGACGGCUUCUGAUGAAUCAUUUCGGGUAUGUG